AUGAUUCCCGCCAUCACAGCCAAGUAUGACUGGAUCCUGGCCAUCACCUCGAUGGCCUUUGUCUUCAGUGCUGCCAGUAACGGAGCCAACGAUGUGGCCAACGCCUAUGCCACCUCCGUCGCGGCGCGCACCCUGAAGAUGUGGCAUGUCGGUAUUAUGGCCAUCAUCACAGAGUUCGUCGGUGCGGUCGCGCUCGGUGACCGUGUCACCGACACCAUCAAGUCCGGCAUCAUCACCCCCGACCGUUUCAUUGGCAACCCCGGCACUUUUAUGCUUGCCAUGGGUUGCGCCGAGGUUGGCAGUGCCACCUGGUUGACUGCCGCGACCUUUAUGGGCUGGCCCGUUUCGACCACUCAGACUAUUGUCGGUGCCCUCAUUGGUGUCGGGUUUGCUACCGACGCCGACAUCACCUGGCGCUGGACUGGUGGCAGUGUGUCGCAGGUUGCUGCUUCCUGGGGUAUCGCGCCCGCCAUCGCCUGCGGUUUCUCUGCCAUCAUCUUCGGCACCCUCAAGUACUCCGUUCUCGAGCGUGAAGACCCACUGAAGUGGGCUCUGCGCCUCAUCCCCUGGUACAUGGCCUUCACCGGUGGCAUCCUCGCUCUGUUCAUCACGGUCGAAGCUCCCACCGCCCCCUCCCUCGAGGAAUUCGGUGGCGGCAAGGCUGCCGGUAUCAUUCUAGGUUGCUUCUUCGGCUGUCUCCUGAUCGGCUACGUCUUCUUCAUGCCCUACUUCCACCGCCGCCUCGUCCAGCGCGACUCCCGUAUCCGCUUCUACCACGUCCCGCUUGGUCCUCUUCUAUACAAGGAGAACCCCCCGCUCUACUACCCCCGCCAGGGUGAGUGGGCGCUGACGAACCACUACGAGGAUGCCUACGGUGUCGUCAACGCUGGUGGCAACAGAACUGGGGUCCAGAACCCCGACGCUCCCGCCGAAGAGAAGGGCCCCAAAGAUACCGACGUGGAACGCCAGCCCGACUCGGUCACCUCCAGCCCCGAGAUCGUCCCCAAGAAGCGCCUGAUCGAACCCGAGGAGCGCUUCCUCGACCCCGUCCGUGAGCUCUCCUGGCUCAACCCGGCCAAGUGGUGGGGAUACCUCAAGUACUGCUUCCUCCAGGGCGUCACCCGCGACGUCAUCACCCACGACUCGAGCCUCCUCCGCGACAUCCACUCCCGCGCCCGCCGCUACGACGACCGCGUCGAGCACAUGUGGACCUACUGCCAAGUCAUCUCCGCCAUCAUGAUGUCCAUCGCGCACGGUUCCAACGACGUCGCCAACGCCGUCGGCCCCUGGGUUGGCUCGUACCACACCUACCGCUCCGGCGUGGUCGACACCGAGGCCAGCACCCCGGUCUGGUUCCUGGUCCUCGCCGGUCUUCUGCUCGGUGGUGGCUUCUGGUUCUACGGAUACCACAUCAUGAGGGCUCUUGGUAACAAGAUCACCCAGAUGUCGCCCACCCGUGGUUUCGCCACUGAGCUCGGUGCUGCCAUCACCGUCCUGCUCGCCUCGCGUCUCUCCCUCCCCGUCUCCACCACCCAGUGCCUGACUGGUUCCGCUGUUGGUGUUGCCCUGAUGAACUACGAUCUCGCUGCUAUCAACUGGCGCCAGAUUGCCUUUAUCUUUUCCGGCUGGAUUCUGACCCUGCCUAGCGCUGGUCUGAUCUCGGGUCUGCUUUGCCUGAUGGCCCUGAACACUCCUCACUUUUAG